UCAAAUCCUCUUCCCUAGCAGCGUGGCCGCUGAGUACCUAGUGAUGCAGAGUUCCUCCUGCUUUUUUCUUUACUUAUCAAGAUUAGUCGUUAAGUAGCACUUGGUUUGAAUACCGCUGUAAGUAUUGUACGCCACAGAUCAGAACUCUAGAGCUUUAGCUGCAGCCCCUUUGCGCAGCCUCCAGAUUUUACGAGCACAUGGUCCCAAAUCGGAGCCCUGUCCCGCGGAGACACCUAGAUUUAGCCACCUGGCAACCAUGAGUGAAUGGACUAAGAAAAGCCCCCUAGAAUGGGAAAAGUACGUUUAUAAAGAAGUCAAAGUACUAGCAAGUGAGAAGAAGGAGUAUAAAGGAUGGCUUUUAACUACAGACCCGGUCUCUGCCAACAUUGUCCUUGUGAACUUCCUUGACGAUGGUGGCUUGUCUGUGACGGGAAUCAUGGGACAUUCAGUGCAGACCGUUGAAAUUGUGGAUGAAGGGGACUGCAGAGCAAGAGAGAAGCUGGUGCGCUUGUUCACGUCUGGAGACUGUGAAGGGUACAGCCCUGAGGACCUGGAAAAGAGAAAGAGCAGCCUGAAGAAGUGGCUGGAGAAGAACCACAUCCCCAUCACUGAGCAAGGAGAAUCCCAGAGGACUCUCUGCGUGGCUGGGGUCUUGACUGUAGACCCGCCGUACUGUCCAGAAAACUGCAGCAGCUCUAAUGAGAUCAUUCUGUCCCGUGUUCAGGAUCUUAUUCAAGGACAUCUUGCAGCUUCCCAAGGAGAGGCCGAGAGCUGUGGGCACACUGAUUAAAAUCGGCUUCAUUUCUUUGUUUCUUCGUCAAAAUGUUAUGAAUGUAAGCCAUUCUGUUACAGGACUUCAAAGGUGCUUGAGUGUUGUGUGUAUGGUUUAAUUUUUUGUUGUUUUGGUAAAAUCAAGGAAGGAGCAUCACAUGCAAUGAAGUUAACAUAGGGAAUUUAAAAUAUUAAAGAUUUUUAUUUUUAUUA